AUGUCAAUCCCCGAAUAUCAGGAUAACGGUCCCAUAAAGGCCACCAGCGACAUAAACCUCCAUAAACUGACAGGAAAAUCAGUCAUAAUUACUGGAGGGGCCAGCGGACUCGGCAAGGCUUACGCAACGGCCUUUGCUAACGCAGGUGCCUUUGUUACGAUUGGUGACUUUGAUGAGAUUGCCGGAAAGGCGACUGAGAAGGAGCUUUCGCCCAACGCGAAAUUUGUCAAAUGCGAUGUUCGUGAUUGGGAUCAACAGGUCGCAGUUUUUGAUGCUGCGCUUGCGAAUUCUCCCCAUAAAAGUAUCGACGUUGUUAUCGCCAACGCUGGCGUUGUUGGCGCUGAUGAUCUGAACAAUCUUGACGAUCCUUCGCAACCACCGGUCAAGCCAAACCUCAGAAUAGUCGAGAUCAAUCUUAUCGGUACCGCAUAUACCGCUAAGCUUGCACUGCAUUUCUUCCGGCGUCAGCCACAGGAUUCAUCGCGAGAUCGAUGUUUGAUCAUCAAGGGCAGUGUUGCAGCUUAUGCUGAUCAGCCUGGAUCGCCCCAGUACAACAUAUCGAAGUGGGGAGCUCGCGGGCUGUUUCGGAAUCUUCGGCGGACUGCUUGGAGAGAAGGGAUUAGAGUCAACUUUGUGGCUCCGUGGUAUGUGCGUACGCCGAUUCUUUCAGACAAAGUCAUCCAAUAUCUUGAGUCGAAAGGGGUCAAUUUCGCAACAGUUGACGACUGUGCGAGAGCCAUGGUAGAUAUUGCGUCUGACAAGGAUAUCAACGGUCGCGCCUUGGGCAUAGUACCGCGAGAGGAGGCUUCCGAAGGCUACAUGGAUCUCCAGCACGACGAUUACCAAGAUGGCGACUUUUUGAAGGGAUGGCAGGAAAUCGUUCUGGCCACAGCAGAAUCCAUUGUGACCAUCUAG